CUCCUGGAUUGAAGGCCCGUUUCCUGGAGUGAGUGUCGCGCGUCGGUGUUGUCAGCGCCGCGUCCUCCUCACCCGGAGUCCGGGGCCCCGCGGCCGCCCCCGUCCCCGCCCGCGGGGAGCCCCGCCUAGUCGGGAGGCGCUCUGCCGCCGGGGCCGGACCGCCUCUGUUCCGGGAAUCUGGCCUCCGCGGAAGAAGGCCCGACUCAGGGACCAUGCCCUGCCCCCCAGCCCUCUGGAGCUCCACCUAUUCUGAACACUAAAACAAGAGCACUUUCUCAGCCCAGACUGUCUUGCUGCACUUUUGGCCAUCUCCUCCACCCUACAGCCUGGAGAUCUGAUUGAAAGUACUGUCCUCCCUGCUGGGUGACUCACAGAGGAAAAGAAGUGGAAACAGUACCCAGAAUCCAGCUAUCACCCUCCACCCCCAGACAUUUAAAUAACCCUGCAGAUCCUCAGUCCCCUCAACUCACCCUAGAAGAUUCCAGUUCCUCAUCAGAGUACAGGCACACAGCAGGCAGAGAGCAAAGCUUGAGAACCACCCUGGCACUACUUGUCUCUGUGAUGCUGAAGAUAUUCUCCUUCCUGUGUGUUACAGAGAAGAUUCAAAUUUCCAGAGUCUGUAAGCUUUGGAAGAUGCUAGUUGAACAUUCCGCAUUAUGGAGACACGUACUUGACACCUUACAGGCUUCGCCUGCUUAGUGCCUGAACUGUCUGUGAGUGAAAACGCAGAGAAAGACUGCUGGCGGCAGAGCUAUUGACAAUGCAGCCACUGGAAUCAGUGACAUUCGAUGAUGUAGCAAUAGACUUCACCCAGGAAGAGUGGGCCCUGCUGGACAUGUCCCAGAGGACGCUGUUUAGAGACGUGAUGCUGGAGAACAUGAGUCAUCUGGUCUCCGUGGGGUGUCAGCAUUGCAAAUCAGAUGUGAUUUUCCAGUUGCAGCAAGGUGAAGAGCUGUGGAUUGAAGGAAGAGGAUUUUUCCAAAGCCACAGUCCAGGCAGGGAAAGUGCCCUUAAAGAAGAAAUGUUGGCCACACAGCAUAUCAGCAGGAAGGACACAUCUACACUCAUCCCAGUGCAGACAUCAUCUCACACUCCAGAGGAUCCCUGUGAAUGUAAUGAUUUGGGAGAAGAUUUCAUUCAUAGGUCCACUUUGAGUCAACAUUUGUUAACUCACACGGAAAAGACACCCUAUAUCGGCAAACAGUGUCAGAAAUCCCUUAGUGACCAAUCGGACCUUAAUCAACAUAAGCAGAUCCACAGUAGAGGUAAAUCAUGUGAGUGCCACCUGUGUGGGAAAGCCUUUAGUAAUUGCUCUAGCCUUAGGAGACAUGAGAUGACGCACACUGGAGAGAAACCGUAUGAAUGCCAUAUCUGUGGGAAUGCCUUUAUUCAAAGCUCUGACCUUAGAAAACACAAUCUAACUCACACUGGAGAGAAACCGUAUACAUGUCAUCUCUGUGGGAAAGCCUUUAGUCAGUCCUCUAACCUCAGACAGCAUGAGAGGACGCACACUGGAGAGCAGCCAUAUGAGUGUCCACUCUGUGGGAAAGCCUUUAGUAAGUGUUCUGCUCUUAGACGACACGAGAGAACUCACACUGGAGAGAAACCGUAUGAAUGUCACCUCUGUGGUAAAUCCUUCAGUCAGUGUUCUGCCCUUAGACGACAUGAGGGAACCCACAAUGGAGAGAAAAUUAUGGAUGCCUUCAGUAAGUAUUCUGACCUUAGAUGACGUGGUAUUAUAAAUGUAACGAACGUGGGUGAGACUUCAACCAUAGCUUUAACUUUUAAACACACCAGAGGACUCACAUCAAAGAAAACCCUGUAAUCAAUGGGGAAGAUCCUUCAGUUUUCCUUACUCAGCUUGACGUGUGCAAAUGUAUAUGGAAGAGUCCAUAUGUGUGGCAUUUAUGUGGCAAAACCUUCAGUCAGUGGUAUGAACCAUAGAUGACGUGAGAACUCAUGCUGUAAGUGAUAACAACAGCUCUAAACUGUAAACACACUAGAGGACUUGCACCAGGGAGAAUCCAGGCCUGCAAUCAAUGUGAAAAUGCCUUCAUUUGUAAUUCAUGGUUACGUAACAUGAGCAAACUUCACUUGGGAGAGCCCCUAGAUCUAAUCACUGUGAACAGACAUUCAGCCAAGCACAGUCUUGAUGUGCAUGAGAAAACUCAGUGAAGGAAUAACUACUACAUCAGGAAGUACGAGGAUGAAGGCUCUUGAUGAAUACCAAGUAAUUCAUCCUGGAGAAAUGAUUCAGUGAAAAAUCAUGAGAAAUCCUUUACUCACAGAGCCACAGUUGUGGUACACGUGUGGAUCAGACUGUACAGAACACUCUCAGUGUCAGGAAAGAAGGAAUGUCUUCAGUAAUCUCAUUUCAUAGUCAACAUUAAGGUUCCCACACUGAGGAGACAGCGAUCCUACAAUCAAAGUGGAGAAAACUUCGUCUAUAUUUCACAUUAGAAAACUAAGUUUAGGGGGUGAAAAACCCUUUAAAAGAGCCUUUUACCUACAAUUUAGCAAAUAAUUCCAGACUUUGAGAGAACUAUGGAGAAAAAUCUGAUAUAUAAAUGCAAGAUAUUGAUAGUAAAGUGAUCUGGGAAUACUGAAUGCACAAUUUUGUAAGAAAUCAAACUUUUUUUCAAUAGAUGAUUAUUUGUAAAUAUUUAAACAAUAAAGUCUGUUGCUGAGAA